AUGCUAUCAGGACAACCGUGGAACGAAGAAACCGAAGUCAAGACUGGGUCGCCUCAGCAGAGUGACUCUCGAGUACAUUACGAGCGAUCUAUCUUAUUCGGCCUUCAUCUAUUUGUUGGCGGCACGGCAUUAUUGGAAAUCCACAACAUGCUCUUGGCUUAUCAUCCUUCGAAUGCAGAACAGGAUUCCGCUGCCUUCUGGCCUUGCCGCAAUAUGUGCGGUGUGCCCCUCAACUUAGACUCGGUUGAAUGUAUGUGUACGGCGUCCUCAAACUCAUAUCAGAAUUCACUAGGCGGGUUCGGUGCGGGCCUUCUAUGGGUCGAGCCCAGCUUCACAGCUUUGAGCUGCGGCCACGAAAACAGCUUUCAUUUCAAGACUCCACUAGUAUCUAUAUUCGUAGCAACUAAUAUUGCCGCGAUUCAACUCAACACAUCUUCCUACGCCGUACAUGGUGCGUUAUCAGGACACCACCUUCUAUUGCCAAACCUGGUAAUCUUGGAAGAUUGGAAGCCCUUGAGAGAGCUAGUUAACCUUGACAGCCGCGAGUUGCAUGAAGCAACCCUGUGUCGUCUCCCAUUCUCAAACUUAAAUUCAAUCGAAGUCUUAGUAUCCUUUAGCUAUCAUCCACAAAGCCAAAACGUCUUGCAUGAGCUGAGAAGGGGGCAUAUGGUAAGCGAACGGGACCCUGGUAGUAACCCCCACUAUCUGAACGAGCAAGCUUGGAAUCCCUUUAUGCUCAAAUGA